GGGUGGGACCAGUGGGCUCCACCCCCUCCCCCGCCUCCCACUCCCCACAACCUACUUAGCGCGGAGUCUGGUGAGACAGGUGAGGGAAGAACUCGGUGCAGGAGUUGGGGAGGGGCCAUGGUGCCAAGCCAGCUGUGGGGGAGACUGGAGAAGCCCUUUCUCUUCCUGUGCUGCGCCUCCUUCCUCCUGGGGCUGGCUUUGCUGGGGAUACGGCCGGACACCGCCCCUGUUGCUUAUUUCUUUCUCAGCUUGAGCGGCUUCUUCUUGUUGGUCUGCUUCCUGGCCUGCCUUUUGGGACGGGGGUCUCGAUCCAUGCAGACUGAGAGCCCAGGGGCCUCAAGCAAUGCACGGGACAAUGAAGCCUUUGAGGUGCCAGCCUACGAAGAGGCCACGGUGUUGGAAUCACAGCGCCACCCCCAAGAGCUGGAUCAACCCCCCUCCUACAGCAGUGUUGUUGUGAUCCCCCCAGCACAUGAGGAGGGACAGUCUAGCCACCCAGAGGAGCCCAGGAGGGCCAGAUUGGACAGGCGAGCGGGCUCAGAAGGAUCUGUGACCUCAGGAAGCCAUGGAAGACCCCCAGUCAGCCUGCGGCUUCGGGGACCACGGGUUGUGUCCACUGUCCCUGAUCUGCAGAGCUUGUGGAUUGUCCCCAAACUGGAACCGCUUACUCCACCCCCUGCCUAUGACGUCAGCCUCUGUUACCCCGAUGAUGAUGUUUUCUAUGGAAACAACUGGACACCCCCCUAAAGGGCCUUCCCAGGAUCUACCGUCUUUCUGCACCAGACUCAGGCUUUCGUUCGACCAUCACUUCCCAGGGCCUGUUACGUGCCCAGAGCUGAUCCACCCGCACAUCACAGAUGAAGACGUCAACCCAGAGGGGAGUCAGGCCACCACGAGCCAGGUCUAGUCUUGAGGUGGCACAUCCCAGACAUGUAGGCGGCACAAUUUGAGCCUUCGGGAAAUCGCCAGUGACCUGCCCCAUAGCUGAUUAUUUCCAGAGUGAGGCUGAGGGUGAGAUGAGGAGGCAAGCCAGAGAAAUCUGGUGAAAGAAGAAAAGAAACACCAUCUGAGUGGCAGCUAUGUUGCCUCAGUUCUGGAGCUUUCCCUCCGUUAGAUCACAAAAAGUGAGGUAGUAGCGCCCUCAUUUGCAAAAUGAGGCUUCCAAGGGUCAGAAAAUUUGAUGAUUUGCACAGGGGCCCGCUGCUGAUAAAUAGCACACAAAUGUCUUGAACUCUGCUCUUCUGAUGCCAAAGAAGCAGGCGCUAGAUGGGGCCCAGGCUGAGCAACUGUGAUCUGUCCUUCUCCUCCAUCUCCGCCCCCCCACCUUCCUGUGCAUUCUCUGCAUCUCUCUUCUCUCUUUAAAUAAACACUUAUUUGCCUCACUA